AUGACCUCUAUAAACCAUAGCAAUAACUUGUGCCUUGUCACCCUUCACUUCCCAUCUUCCACCUCGUCCACUGCCAAGUCCCAUCAUGUUCACCCUAUCUUCAAAUCUCUCGAAUUACUUCGUCUUAUUAACGCUAUGACCUCCAUAAACCAUUAUAAUAACUUUGACGAUGCUACUAGAAGAGCCUUGGAUGACAUUGACUCCAAGCUCAUUAGCCUUGGUCACCUUGCUGGUCAACUUGGAGGAUUUGUUGGUCAAAGUGAGAGUGUUAAGAAAGCCGUUAUGUAUGCUAUUAUCGCUAAAAUUAACAGUCAUGAAGAGCUUAAAAAUGAUUACUCCUCUCAUGUUACUAAGCUUUCUGAGUCUGUUAACUCUGCUGGCAAGGCUGAUGACACCGGUGUAAUUGGUCAACUUCAACUUGAAGUGUCUAAAAAAAUUGCCGAAAUUACUUAUCAAAUUACGCAACUUAAUAAGCCUAAUAACCUUAAUCAUAACUCUCCUUCCCCCUCUUCCUCUGCUGAGCUAGCCAAAUUGCAGUCCAAGUUGGAGGCUUUGGAGAAAGUGGAGAAGCUUUGUGGAUCUUUGACUAAUUCUAAUAAACAACAAAAUGAGCCUAAAAAUCUCUUAGUUAAUUUAUGUGAUGGACUUCAAACUUUCCUCGGCUUCAAUCCAACUUCCAAAGGCUACGACGGCACUGGGAUUGUCUACUCUGACCUUGACAGGCUGUGUGACGGGGUGGUGGCGUUUUUGAGUGGUGUUCUCAGUAACAUCAAAGAGCAUUUAGGGCAGCAUAAUGAGCAAAUUACUGAAGCAAUUAACAUACUUAACGAGAAAAAACACGCCGGUAAAAAAGGUUUUAAUGCUGCGAUUGAAAGUGUGGUUAAAGGGGUGCGGGGGUAUAAUGAGAGUGUUGCUGGCAGUAAUAAAAAGGUGAGUGAACCGAUGACUCUCAUACUUUCGCAGGUGAAUGAAGGGUUCAAGAGAAGUGUAACCGAGAUACUACCGCAAGAAACACUUUCUAAAGCCAAGGACUUCCAGGUCAGCAGCGCCGUAGAGAAGAUCGACAAGCUGCUUCAACAAUGUCAGAAGCACGCAGCGAAAUUUAAUACUCAGUUGAACAUUGACAAUACCGAUAAUAUAAUUAAAAACGCGAUCAAUGAUCUUAAUAAUGACUUAUCACUUAGAGUUAAGAAUUCCAUUAAGAGUGUUAAGUAUGAGACCGACCGAAUGAAUAGAAUGGCAGAGAGCCGGCAAAAUGAGUUGCAGGAAACGACAGCAAAGAUUAAAUCUGUAUUUUCCAACGUCGAAAACUGCAUAAAUAACAAAGUUCGUGAAGAUAUAGAUAAACUUGUCAAUGACUUAAAGUCGAGGGUGCAGAAAAUCUUAGAGCAGCUUAACAUCAUUAGUGGCAAGCUAAAGGGGUACGUAAGUGAGCUGCAAACGUGGAUUGACUCAGUCACGAUAGUUAUAACGUCGGCUUUGGAGAAGGUUGAAUCACUACUGAAAGAGGUUAACGAAGGCGAUUCAGGUAUGAAGCCGUAUAGAAUUGAGGGCGCUGUAAGGGAGAUUAGCACUGCCGUACUGAUGCUGCACGGAGCCGGAUCGGACGCUGGUAGAUUCGUCAAAGAAGAAGUUACUAAGGCCCUUGCGCAGGUGAAAUCCAUGGACGACGCGCUUAAAGGGGAUUUGUUUAAGGUGAAGCACGCGGUGGAGGGGCAGGUGACGGGGAUUAAGGAUGCGAUUGGGAAGUUGUACGAGACGGUAAAUGAAAGACCAGGCAGCGCAGUAACCGAAAAAGAUAAGAAGAUUGAAAAAGUUAUUCAGCAGAUAAAAAGUGAAGUUGCAGGCAUACGGGGCAAAGCAGGAGAAGAUGUAACAAGACCAUCAGGUCUGGCGGCAAUUGUGUACAAAGUGAGGGGUUAUUUGGAUGAGUUCAAUCAGAAUACUUUCGGGGAGAAGGUUUUGAAGAUGUGGACGUCGACGCUAGCUGAAAAAGAACCGGUGAGAACGUAUCUAUAUUGGUAUGUAAAAAAUAAUGGUGAAAAAUUGCAAGACGUUAUAAAGGCGCUAACGAAUGAGAUUACUACUAGCAUUGUCAAACGCAUUAAAAUACCGCCGACGCCGAAAGACUCCAACAGCGAUAUAGAUACGAAUCUAAAAUACACAUCGUCAUUUCUCGUGCAGCUGGCUGAGGCGCUUGAAAAACAAACGAAAGCUAGCGAUGUUGAAUCUUUCACUCACCAAGUACAUCUCAAAUUAGGAUAUCAAGAUUCAGCUACAUUCAAAACAGCUUAUGAAUACUAUCUUAAAAUAACAGUGGAAGCUACAUUUAAUUUACUCAUCGGACGUGCGCGUGGUGGCGCUGAAAAAAUUGACAAGCUUUUAAAAGAUUGCAGUUUUAAGAAUGUGGAUAACGCUUAUAAAACAGCAAAAGAGAUAGUUCGAAAAUUGGAGAAGGCAUUGGGCGUUAACGAAAAAGGGCAAACAAAUGGAGAAGAAACGUUCGCCGCCGCCGUCGACAACGCGAUCGAGGGGGUGACGAGAGUCCUUGGGGAGAAGUUAAAAAAGGAUGACAGCGAUCCAGCAAGUGAUCCUGCAAAAGUGAAGAUGGAUGCUAGUAUAUUCACUGGUUACACAACGUGCGUCGACCAAACACCAGGCAAGUUAAGCGGUGACAUUGACCAGCUAGCAGGCACCCUUCCGGAGAAGAUCAAAGAUAUUAGGGAGAAAGUUAAGUCUGCUUUGAAUAAAAUCGACAGUGAAAAGGAAUACGCAGUAAAGGAAUUGGAGAAAGUCACUGCCACUCUUCAUGACCUCUGUCAGUUAGUUAAGAGUGACGGCGAAUUUGCGAAGGGGAAUCUGAUCAGUUUGAGAGACAAGUUCUUCAACAAGGCUGAACAUGUGAAGGAUAGCAUUAAUAGAAUCAGAUAUGAAAUCAGUGAGCUAGGUAACAAAGAGUUGAAUGACGUCAUCAAAAAGGCUACCUACUUCCUAAGUAGCGCUGAACCUACCGGUAAGGCUACGAUCACAGCGAUCGGAUCUUUUGUCAGCUCAAACGUCGAAGAAGCCCAGAAGGAUCUCAUCACCAAGAUCAACAAGAACUACGUCACUUCGGUGCAAGACAUGCUGCUAGAGUUUGCGGAAAAAACCAAGAAGGAGUUGGAGCUUCUACCUAAGGAAAUCACCGACGAUCUGGACAUCGGUUACAAGGGGUUCAUGAAGAAAUUUGAGAAGCACUUCGUAACGCACGAAAAGUCAAUCAAGACCAUCAAAGACAUAAAUCCUAAGCCCGUUGCGCAAGAAAAAUCACCAAUGAGUCAGGCGGCAGCAAAGUUCUUUGGAAGCCUAAAUAGGUUUUUGCAUGAUCUAGAGAAGCAGCCGGACUUCAAAACGGACUAUGAAAAAAUUAAGCCAACACGUGACGCGCUGGCUAAGUUGUUCGGAGAUCUUGUCACUUCGGAGUACUUCAAUCACGAGUUUUCUCGAAAUCUAUCGGCGCUGAAAGUAACGCUCAGUGAAUUGAAGCCUUCAUUAUAUGGUGAAGGGAAUACCCCUUCGCUUCUCAAUGCUCUGAAGAACGGUUUCACGACUUCGGCAACGGAGCUCAACAAUGCGUACAUCUCGACCUACGACAGUGAGAGGUUUGGUGCUGAGCUCGUCGAAAAAGAUAAACUAACAGCGUACGGAACCAAGUUAAGUAAGGUCUGCUUGACCGUAGUUUCGACGUCAUACAAUGUGCUGAACACAGUAAGAAAGUACUCCGUUACCACGUGGAGGUCCGACAAGAUACAUCAAUCGACACCAAUUGGACAAUUCCUCGGCAACAACGGAUACGUCGUAUCCAAGGACAAACAAGACGGUCACUUGCGUCACGGAGAUGGUAUGUUAGGCUGGCAUGUCUACAAAAGCCUCGUUAAGAAUGACGAUGGCCGUGUCUACAAACAUCAUGAUGCUGAGAAAGACACUGGCCCACUUAAAACUUUACACAACUGCCUUGAAACAUAUUAUGAAGUCUGUCACCAGUCCACCUUCGCGGCGAAGCGACAGCCAUCCUCCGUGUUCGAAAUGCUGUGCUGGUUGUGUGGGUUGCCGUGCAAUUCUGUGUAUGAUGCGUUGUUGCGUGACACGAUGAGUGACUUAUUCGAAGAUCCAAAGAAGCAAACGACAGAGGCCGGCGAGGACCAUGAGUUCACGCUAGUCACGCCAGAUGCAUUAUGCCUGAACGCGUACCCGAGUAACAUCACGUAUGACAAUAGCGUAAAGGCAGUGCGCCACCGGAGUUGGAGUUGGAAUCUUCUGUGA